AUGGCUACCACAUCCUCGUCGUCAUCUCUGUUAUUCACAAGCUUCCUGCAAAAACCCACCAAAACCUUGACGACCCACCUCUCGGAACUCAAUUUCUGGUCCCUCAAACCGCAAAUAACCCCUUUAAAGUUCGUUCACAAAUUGCCUUUUACUGUGAACCACAGAAGACUCAAUGCAGUGGCCGAGGACACGACAGUAUCCACUGUAGACAUGUCAUCCGAGGCCGCAAGAAGACUGUACGUAGGCAACAUUACGAGGAACGUUACGAAUGAUGAGCUCCAGAAAAUCGUUGAAGACCAUGGUUCUGUUGAAAAGGCCGAGGUAAUGUAUGAUAAGUACUCUGGAAGGAGCAGACGGUUUGCUUUUGUAACAAUGAAGACUGCUGAGGAUGCAAAUGCUGCUAUUGAAAAGCUAAAUGGCACAGAAAUCGGAGGACGGGCAAUCAAAGUUAAUAUAACUGAAAAACCAUUGCAAUCGAUGGAUUUGCCACUUCUUCAGGGGGAUGAAUCCCAAUUUGUUGACAGUCCCUUUAAAGUUUACGUGGGAAAUCUUGCAAAGACUGUAACCACAGACACGCUCAAAAACUUUUUCUCAGAGACGGGGAACGUUCUCAGUGCAAAGGUAACUCGAGUUCCGGGGACCUCAAAAUCCAGUGGUUAUGGAUUUGUUAGUUUCUCUUCAGAAGAGGAUGUGGAUGCAGCCAUAUCAUCUCUUAAUAAUGCGGUAUGUUUGCUAUACACCUUGUCUGAAUGA